AUGGUGUACAAUUCGCUGACCGAGGCUCCUCACAACCUCAAGGAGGCUAUUGACUGGUUGAUCGCCCUGAAGGGAAGGGACGCUGACAAAAACUUGGCGGCCAUGGGUGCUGCACUUCACAAAUUCCUAGCAGACAAGCCUGUUGGCAAGAUGAAGGUACCAGCCCUAGAAGAUGUUAAAGUUAUUACUAAGAAGUUCCUGGAGAAACCGGAGCUUAAGGGCAUGUGGCCCGCAAGCGAGCUGCUGGGGAGGUUUAAUAAGCCUAUGGAUAAAGAUUAUUACAUGCUCCGUAAGAUAUUUACUCGUAUAAACGACAGCGAUUAUAAGAACGUCGUGGAAGCCACGGAUGCUGCUGCUGAAAGAGUAAAAGACGACGUGAUCCUACUUGUGUAUGGUUGUGAGAGGUUCCUAAAUCAUAUGAAGGUGCCUGACCAGUAUAAGUCUGCUUACAGUCCAGAAGCUACGUGGGAUGCGUCAUGCGCGGAAAACCCGGAAGCUUGUGCAGUAGUCCUAGUGGGAAUAGCGCCCAUGUUGUUCACAGGCAUACUGUCCUUGUGGGAUGCGAGCAACCCUCCAAUCUUUAAAUGUAGAGCCUCUGGGGUGGCUGAACGGUUGAGAAAGGUAUUAAAAGCCGUUGGUUACGUAGAGCCGGAGUCCCGCAAUAGUCUGGGUUAUUAUAAGGUCCGCAAGGCAUUGAGCAAUGUGGGCUACGGGAUAUGGGACAUAGUGUACUACUUCGCUGGUUUCUGGGCUUUCUAUUGA